AUGGGUAACGUCCCCACCAAAGAAGCCAGAUCCAGGUCUUCGUCAGUUGGCGGUUCCCACAGUAACAGUCACAACCGUUCGUCUAGAAGGCACACUACACUGUCGCUUCUUGAAAAUGCCGGAUUCAUGGUUUACAGCGGUUCAGGCUCAAGUGGUAGCCAUGGAAAGCUGCUGCGGCUGGCCGAAGAGAGAUUACGGACCAAAGAAGCACAUCUAAUGGAUCUCAUCAUCAGGUACGAGGAGAACGUCGACGGAGGGUUUUUGGCGCCUCACGGGAUCUAUAAGCUGAACUUGGACUAUAACACAGAGAUCGUACGCGGGCUUAUAGUGGAUAGACGAAUAGCGCCUUUCUUUACGCCACUCCAGGACUUUGAUUCGUCGUGGACGGACGAGGAGGUCACUACGAUUGCUUCCCAGCUACCUCUCCAUGCUAUUGACCAGGCGUACUCAGACGAGGAAGAGCCAGACGACGCAGAUAACCAUAAGAUCCACCUUCUGGCGAAUUAUUUCCGCAGACAAGAGCAAAAGAAGAAGGUCAGAGAGCUUGUGGCGAGCCUGAAGGAUCUUCAGAAGCGUCACGAGGUGGAGUUUAUGGACGCAAAGCAGUCGGGCCAGCCAGACCAGAACGUUCCCUCCAAAGAGCUUCUUUUAAAGCUUUAUCGUCACUCGUCCGAUCGCUGUUGUGGACAGCCCAUCUGCAGCGAAUGUUUCGUCCAGAUCAAGCGUCUUGAUCCACAUCCUCCACACGACGACAUGAGCAACGAGAACAAAGCGGAACUUCCCCAUACACUCAUCUCGGAAUACGCCAAUUGUCCCUUUUGCGCUAUGCCCAACUUUGGCGUGACGUACGACCAUCCAAAGGACUUAAGCGUCGGCAUUGGCGGUGUCACUUCUCCCGCAUAUUACAAAGGUGAAGAAGAACAUGUACCUGACGAAGCGGUUCUGUCAUCUGAAGAAACACCCGGCACGCCACCGAAAUCACCAUCGGCGCCAAUUCUGCGUACCGCCAGCCCUACGAAACCAAAGCCAAAACAAAGAAGAUCGUCUGUGCCCGCAGACGCUGCUGGAGUGGUCACCACCGACUACAUACGGCCCGACUGGGAACAGAAAUUGGCCAGUGCCAAAAGCAAAUUGGCCCGCCGUGCUGCCACAGCCAGUGCCAUUCACGCAUCGAAUCUUAUCGUGGACGACGGCAGCGGCGGAAGCGCAUCGAGGAAUCAGAACAGCAGCGAUAGCAGCAACAACAAUAACAAUAACCAAAACUACCGGUACUUACAGUCGAUCGAAGACCGGAUGAUUGAGGAAGCCAUGAGGCUUUCGUUGGCAGACGAGGAGGAAAGAAAGAAGAAAAAGCAGGACAGGUAG